ACUCCUACAGCCCACAGCUUUAACACCAUCCUCAUUAAUGCGGCCAUGAUGUUUGAUUCUCCUCCGCAGAGCACGAGAGCACGUUCCUCCCUCCUCCUCCUCCUCCUCCUCUCUGUCUGCGUCUCUCUCUCUCUCUCUCUCUCUCUCUCUCUCUCUCUCUCUCUUUUUUUUCGUGCGCUUUUUCUGCACCGGAGCGCAUCGCCAACUGCUGGGAGAGCACGGUGGCUCGAGCUACAGGGAUCCAAACCGUGGCUUUUUUUCUCUGUGGGACGGAUGUGAUUUGAGCAGGGAUUGAUUGGCAAUAUUUAUUCUUAUUAAUCUAUUAUUAUUUUUAAAAAUAUUAACAUUAAUAUCAGCGUUAUUCCUGCUUGUUGUUUUUCUCCUUCAACCCAAGUGUAACAUGUCCUUGGAGCAUGGCCUGCCUGGUUCAGUCCUGCCAUUGCCUGCAUGUGUUCGCGUCCAUCCUGCUCUAUAAUUCCAGCCAGUAACAGUGUGGAGAAAUGGACUGGUGCCAUGGACACCUUCUUCCAUGUUGACCUUUUGCCGAAGGGGGACUAUUUUGCGAGCGGAGCUCCAGAACCUCACUGCACCUUAAAAUAAUCAGCCAGGACAAUUGGACACUUCCCCAGCAUGGAGAACUUCAGCCAGAGCUUCAGAGACCCGACGCAGAGCCAGCAGGAGUAGAGCAGUCGGAGCAACAUGGGCGACAUGGCCAACAGCUCGGUGGGCUUUCACCCCAACAAGCCGGGGAUGGACGGCCGGGGGUGCGAGGGGGACUUUGGGGUGUCGCUGGAGGAACUGCGGACGCUGAUGGAGUUCCGGGGAGCCGAGUCGCUGCAGAAGAUCCAGGAGAGUUACGGCGACACGGAGGGACUCUGCCAGAGACUCAAAACCUCACCCACAGACGGUCUGUCAGACGACCCCGCUGACCUGGAGAAGCGUAAAGAGGUGUUCGGUCAGAACUUCAUCCCUCCCAAAAAGCCGAAGACGUUUCUGCAGCUAGUGUGGGAGGCGCUGCAGGACGUCACGCUGAUCAUCCUGGAGAUCGCAGCCAUCAUCUCGCUCGGCCUCAGCUUCUACCAGCCUCCGGGGGGCGACACCGAAGCCUGUGGUAAUGUAUCGAGUGGAGUGGAGGAUGAGGGCGAGGCAGAGGCGGGCUGGAUCGAGGGGGCGGCGAUCCUGCUGUCAGUUCUGUGUGUGGUUAUUGUGACGGCCUUUAAUGACUGGAGUAAGGAGAAGCAGUUCCGAGGCCUGCAGAGCCGGAUAGAGCAGGAGCAGCGCUUCGCUGUGGUCCGGAACGGCACCGUCCUGCAGAUCCCCGUGGCCGAGAUGGUGGUGGGAGACGUGGCCCAAGUCAAAUAUGGUGAUCUCCUCCCAGCUGAUGGAGUUCUGAUCCAGGGGAACGACCUGAAGAUCGACGAGAGCUCCCUCACUGGCGAGUCGGACCAUGUACGCAAAGCCGUCGACAGAGACCCCAUGUUGCUAUCAGGAACCCACGUCAUGGAGGGUUCGGGGAAGAUGGUGGUGACCGCAGUGGGCAUCAACUCUCAAACCGGAAUCAUCUUCACCCUGCUGGGGGCCGGAGAGAUGGAGGAGGAGAAAAAGGAGAACAAGAAAGCUGAGAUCAAUAGUAGCUCAUCCAUGCAGUUUGCCACGGCAUCCACCAAAGAGUGCAGCGUUGUUAAUGGGAAACAAGACGGAGCCCUGGAGAACAAUCAGAACAAAGCGCUGAAGCAGGAUGAGGCAGUGGCGAUGGAGAUGCAGCCUCUGAAGAGUGCGGAGGGAGGAGAGGUGGAGGAGCGAGAGAAGAAGAAAUCUAAUGUUCCCAAAAAAGAGAAAUCAGUGCUGCAGGGUAAACUCACUAAACUGGCCGUGCAGAUCGGGAAAGCAGGUCUGGUGAUGUCAGCGAUUACUGUGAUUAUCCUGAUGCUGUACUUCGUGAUCGAAACGUUCGUUAUUCAGGAUCGGCCGUGGCUCACCGAGUGUACGCCCAUAUACGUGCAGUACUUCGUAAAGUUCUUCAUCAUCGGUGUGACGGUGCUGGUGGUGGCAGUGCCCGAGGGUCUACCCCUGGCCGUCACUAUUUCACUGGCCUAUUCAGUAAAGAAAAUGAUGAAGGACAAUAACCUGGUGAGACACCUGGAUGCCUGUGAGACCAUGGGGAACGCCACAGCCAUCUGCUCUGACAAAACCGGAACUCUAACCACUAACCGCAUGACGGCCGUGCAGAUUUACGUAGGAGACCAACAUUACCACGAGAUUCCGUCACCGCAGCACAUCAGCCAUCACACGCUGGAGCUGCUGACCACCGCCAUCUCCCUCAACAGCGCCUACACAUCCAAAAUCAUGGCGGCAGAUAAGGAGGGCGGGUUGCCUAAGCAGGUGGGGAAUAAGACAGAGUGCGCUCUGCUGGGUUUGGUUCUGGAUCUGAAGCGGGAUUAUCAGUGUGUCCGGGAACAAAUCCCAGAGGAGAAGCUCUACAAGGUUUACACCUUUAAUUCCGUCCGCAAGUCCAUGAGCACAGUGGUCCAGCUCCCAGACGGCAGCUUCCGCAUCUACAGCAAAGGAGCCUCUGAGAUCCUGCUCAAAAAGUGUUCGUCCAUCCUGUCCCGGGACGGUGCUGCCCGCCCCUUCAGGCCGCGGGACCGAGACGACAUGGUGAAGAAGGUGAUCGAGCCGAUGGCCUGCGAUGGGCUCCGGACCAUCUGCGUGGCCUACAGGGACAUUCCUGGAGAUCCACUGCCGGACUGGGACAACGAGGCCGACAUCAUCAACAAUCUUACCUGCAUCACCGUGGUGGGCAUUGAGGAUCCUGUCCGGCCAGAGGUUCCAGAUGCCAUCAGUAAGUGCCAGCGUGCGGGGAUCACAGUGCGCAUGGUAACCGGUGACAACAUUAACACGGCUCGUGCAAUAGCCGCCAAGUGUGGCAUCAUCCAAGCUGGGGACGACUUCCUGUGCAUGGAGGGGAAGGACUUCAACCGGCGAAUCAGGAAUGAAAAAGGGGAGGUGGAGCAAGAACGGAUUGAUAAAAUCUGGCCCAAACUCCGAGUGCUGGCUCGCUCCUCUCCCACAGACAAACAUACACUUGUCAAAGGGAUCAUAGACAGUACUAUCUGUGAGCAGAGACAGGUGGUUGCAGUGACGGGAGAUGGCACUAACGAUGGUCCUGCGCUGAAGAAAGCAGAUGUGGGAUUCGCCAUGGGCAUUGCUGGCACAGACGUGGCGAAGGAAGCCUCAGACAUCAUCCUGACAGACGAUAACUUCUCCAGCAUAGUGAAGGCGGUGAUGUGGGGGCGUAAUGUUUACGACAGCAUCUCCAAAUUCCUCCAGUUUCAGCUCACUGUUAACGUGGUGGCCGUUAUAGUGGCCUUUACUGGAGCGUGCAUUACUCAGGACUCUCCCCUGAAGGCGGUCCAGAUGUUAUGGGUGAAUCUUAUUAUGGAUACGUUUGCAUCUCUGGCUCUGGCCACUGAGCCACCCACUGAAGCUCUGCUGCUGCGGAAACCAUACGGCCGGAACAACCCGCUCAUCUCCAGAACCAUGAUGAAGAACAUCCUCGGCCACGGCGUGUAUCAGCUCGUCAUCAUCUUCACACUGCUCUUCGUCGGAGAGCAGAUCUUUGAUAUAGACAGUGGGCGGGAGGCUCCUCUGCACGCCCCCCCAUCUGAACACUACACCAUCAUCUUCAACACCUUCGUCCUCAUGCAGCUCUUUAAUGAAAUAAACGCUCGCAAGAUCCACGGAGAGAGGAACGUUUUUGACGGGAUCUUCGCUAACCCCAUCUUCUGCACCAUCGUGCUCGGGACAUUCGCUAUACAGAUAGUAAUUGUGCAGUUUGGAGGGAAGCCAUUUAGCUGUUCUCCUCUGAAUGUGGAGCAGUGGCUGUGGUGUCUGUUCGUUGGACUCGGGGAGCUGCUCUGGGGUCAGUUAAUCUCCUCUGUGCCAACCAGCCAGUUGAAGUGUUUGAAGGAGGCGGGGCAUGGGCCAGCGCCUGAUGACAUCAUGGAUGAAGAUUUGGCGGAGGAUGAGGAUGAAAUUGACCACGCGGAGCGAGAACUGAGGCGGGGUCAGAUCCUGUGGUUCAGAGGACUCAAUCGUAUCCAGACUCAGAUGGAGGUAGUGAGCACCUUCAAGAGAAGUGGUUCGUUUCAGGGUGCAGUGAGGCGCCGCUCGUCCGUGCUGAGCCAGCUCCAUGACAUCCGGGUGGUGAAGGCCUUCCGUAGCUCGCUGUACGACGGCAUGGAAAAGCCGGAGUCCCGCAGCUCCAUCCACGACUUCCAGGCCCACCCCGAGUUCAUCAUCACCGACUCCGGACACAGCAUCCCGCUGAUCGACGAGACGGACGUGGACGACGAGUCCGAGAGGUACAACCACAACCACGUCCGCGUCGCCGUCCGCCACGGCCCCCUCCCGCCGUCCUCCAUGCCCCCUCAGCGCCCUCCACGCUCACGCUACCCGACCCGGCAGCAGAGCCUCCCGGUCACGCUCAACUGCAACAACAACGCCGCUGAGAACCGGGCUCCGCAGGCCCACCUGCCCCAUCCUGCCCCCCCUUCCCCUGCUCCUCCAAGCCCACUGCACAGCUUUGAAACCUGCCUAUAAAGUGGUCAGCGCCAGCCCUCUAACCCUGGCCUUGAGGUGUGACCUGCCGUGGAAUUCGUGAAUUUAGAUGUUUCUGGACUUUUUAAACUCUCUUUUUUUUUUGUAAACUUAUCAUUCAACUGCCCCUCCACGCUCCCAGUCCCACUGUUGCACCGGCCUGGGAGGGCGACACAGAGGACCCAACAGGUGCUUGUGCGUAAGCAUCAACAUAAGCAUAAGCAUAAGCAUAAGUGAGAAGAAGAUUCUGAUCAUGAUUAUGAUUCUGAUCUAAGUGUUACUGCGUAAGUUAGUUCUGCGCUUGUGUUUUUUUUUUUUUCUUAACCUUCUAACUUUGCACCCCUUUCAUGAGCUGCCAUCGCUCUGGACCAAGCAUUCCUUUAUGCUCCGGAUGAUUAAUGGACAAUAAAUAGACAAUAAAUGGACGAUAAUUGGACGAUAAAUGAAUAAACGACCCUCGCUGGACUAACCCCCCCCCCAGGCCGGCGGGCGGCGUUGUUGCACUGGACAGGAGCCCACAGUGCACUGAUGGGACUCUUUGCUCUUUGACUCAUUUUAAAGACAAUGGACUUAUAAAUACAUGUGUAAAAAAAUAGUAAUAGUAAUAAUAUUAAUAAUAUUAAUAAGAAUUCAGAAUUCAUUCCGCCUUUUAAUUGAUGAUAUUUACUGUUCCGAUUAUUAUUGUGGUUACUUCUGCUGAAAUUACUGCAGUUACCGAGACAAGAGUUACUAUUCCAGGUACGAUGCUUUGUUGAUUAGCUUCAUAUAUUCAUGAUGUGUGCGUAUGUAUGUAUGUGUGUGUGCGUGUGUGUAUGCAACGUAUGUGUGUACUGUUUGUUUGUUUGUUGGUUGUUUGUUUGCUGGUGUCUUUGUUUUGUCCUCAUGGUCUUAUGUUUCUCCGUCUGUGCUUUGAGAGUGUUGUGUAUGUCCUAUUAAAACAAUAAAGAGAAAUUAUAUUAGUAAUAUAAAUAAAUCCUAGAGCCGCCGCGCACAGGUUCAUCUGGUAGGUUAUCGGAGAACAGGACCGGAAGAUCAGAAGAACAGCGAUUGGAGACGAGAGUGAUCUGUGUGAAGGAUGGAGUGUAAAUGUUUGCGGGACGGUUUUAGAGAAAGUCUAUUUUAUUAUGUUUUGCUUUUUAAUGCGGCGCUCUGUACCAGCGCUCUGACUGUGUUCACUGUAACGUCUCUAACUGGAAAAGCAUGAUUCAAAGUCAAAUAUAUUUUACAGGAUAA